AUGGCUGCCCCAGCCCCAGUUGCGCUUCUCCUCCUUACCGCCGCCGCUGUUGCGGCUGUGGCGCCAGCGGCGGCCGAGCUGCCGCGGCUGGAGCACCACCCGCACAGGGGCGACGAUGGGUCGGUGAGCCUCCUCGUCGUCGGCGACUGGGGCCGCCAUGGAGCGUACAACCAGUCCAUGGUGGCCGCGCAGAUGGGGGUAGUAGGGGAGAAGAUGGACAUCGACUUCGUCAUCUCCACCGGCGACAACUUCUAUAAGAACGGCCUCACCGGCGUCGACGACAAGGCCUUCGAGGAAUCCUUCACCGACAUCUACACCGCCAAGAGCCUCCACAAGCCAUGGUACACCGUUCUUGGCAACCAUGACUACAGAGGCGACGCUCUCGCCCAGCUGAGCCCUGUUCUUCGCAAGGUCGACAGCCGCUGGAUCUGCAUCAGGUCCUUCGUCGUUAGCGCUGAGGUCUCGGAUUUCUUCUUCGUGGACACGACGCCAUUCGUGCUCAAGUACUGGACCGACCCCAAGAACAGCAAGUACGACUGGAGAGGGGUUUCUCCCCGCGAAACCUACAUCGCAAAUGUCCUCGAGGAUCUGGAGGAGGCACUGAAGCAGUCGACGGCGACGUGGAAGAUCGUGGUCGGCCACCACGCCAUCAGGAGCGUCAGCGAGCACGGCGACACCCAGGAGCUCCUGCAGCAUCUCCUGCCGAUCCUCAAGGCCCACGGAGUUGAUCUGUACCUCAACGGCCAUGACCACUGCCUCGAGCACAUCAGCAGCAGGGACAGCCCGCUCCAGUACCUGACGAGCGGCGGCGGGUCGAAGGCGUGGCGCGGGGUGCAGACGGCGAACGCGGACAAGGUGGAGUUCUUCUACGACGGGCAGGGGUUCAUGUCGCUGCGGCUGGCGGCGGCGCCGGCGCCGGCGGAGGCCAGCCUCGCCUUCCACGACGUCGCCGGCAACGUCCUGCACACCUGGGCGCUCGCCAAGCCGGCUGCCCGGGUGCGUUUGGUUGGUGAUCAAGAUAAGAUGGGAUAUGGUCAUUCAUAUUUUUAAGAAUACAGUGAUCUAAAUUUAUAUUUGGUUG